UUUUUUUACUUUCCUUUCUUAUCCUCUUCCUCAAUUUUUUUUCUCUUCCUUUCUUUUCCAUACCCUUCCUCUAGUUUCAUAAAUUCCCAAAUCAAAUAUUUAUAUUAUUAUAUAUCUUGACAAAAAAAAACCAAAAACAAAAAGAAAACAAUGUCUAUGCAAACAACCAGUCAAUUUUGUGGUGGUUAUGUUGAUCCUAUUUAUUAUCAACAACAACAACAAACAUAUCAAGUAUCAUCACAACAUAUACAACGCUUGAGACAUCUUCAACAACAAGCAGCACUUCAUCAACAAACUUCUCUUCAACCUCAAUUGAUGACUAUGCCUCAGUAUCAUCCACCUUCUCAACCUCAUCAUCAUUAUCAAGAACCUUCUAAUCAUCAUCAUCAGCAACAACGACAACAACGAUCACCAUCAUCUUUGGAUCAAUCUACUGAUCUCGAUCGUACUACGGAUCAAAUUGAUCCAAGCAAAGCAGCAAGACGUGCAGAACAUAAUGCAAUCGAACGUGCUCGACGUGAACAUCUUAACACCAAGUUCCAACAAUUAGCUCAUUCAUUACCCAAUCUUCAAAACGAUCGUCGUCCAUCCAAAGGCACCAUCAUUGAACGUACUCUUGAAUUUGUCAAACAUACAGUACAAAAGGAAGAACGAUACAAGAAUGAAAUUAGGGAACUCAGCAGAGCCAAUCGACAAUUGAUGCGACAAGUGACAUCUCGAUCAUCCAUACUAGCCGGUGUUCACGAUGAAGAAGAUGAAGAAGAAGAAGAUGUGAUUGAUUAUGAAGAUACAAUGGACCUGGCAACAACUGAUGAUACUCUUAGUCAUAAAUCCUCCUGUUCCUCCUUUGCUAUGCAAUCCAUGUCGUCUGCUCCAACAACUGUGGGUGGUGAAUCAUCAGCAACAACCAGUCCAUCUUUGGAUUAUCACUCCAUGUUAUGUCAAUGGGAUAUUCCUACUUGUCAGCAACAACAACAGCAACAACAACAACAACAACAACAACAGCAACAACAACAGUACAAUCCUGAUUUAUUCGUAUCCAAUGAUUUGUUGAUGGAAGAUGGUUAUCUUUUGGACCCUACUAUCAAGACUUCUAUGGCUAAUCCUAUCAAAUUCGAACCUGCCUUCUCUACUACUUCUUGAGCUCUCUCCACUCUUUUUUUUUUUUUUUUUU